GUUCAAUUUUCCCUAUUAUCGUGAUGCUUUUCGCUGGCGGCUGGAGUGAUCGUUAUAAUAAACGCAAGGCCUGUAUGUUAUUCCCCAUUAUCGGUGACUGUUUCAUGUUUGUGUUUCUAUUGGUAUCGGCAAUAUUUUUCGAUAAAAUCCCAAUGGAAUUUGGAGCAUACAGUGAGGCAAUUGUCCCAAACAUGUUUGGUGGAAGCACUUUACUCUUCAUGGCCAUUGAUAGUUAUAUGACAAUAUCGACUCCGGAAGCAGAUCGUGUAUUUAGGUUCGGCAUUUAUAGUGUGUUUACCACUGUCAUACCCUUAAUAAGUCAACCCAUGAGUGGGAUACUCUUCAAGUAUCUAGGCUAUACAUGGUCCUUUAUCUUCGCCUUGUCCCUCGACAUCAAGACGGACACCACAGAUGCCUCGCCAAAAACUGGCACAGAAAAUCCCGCCUAUGAAGUGACACAACUAGAAGAUCUGCCCACUGCACCAAGACACAAAAACAAUGUCAUUAUUGAUACCGUGGACAAAUCUCCAACCUCAAAACCCGCAAAACGUAAUGCCCUUUUGGAUUUCUUUGAUCCCACAUUGGUUGUGGAUUAUGUGAAAUUUCCAUUUAAAAAACGUCCAAAUCGUGGUCGUAUGUUGUUGCUACUUAUAAUUAUGGCCGAGAUUUGUAUUAUUGGUCCGGCAGUCGGAGAGGGUGAAUUCUGGAAAAGUUUUACAUUUAAAAAACUGAAUUGGAAUGGCAAUGAUUAUAGCGUCUACUCAGCAUUUAAUUCGGCCUUGACUGUGGUCGGUACCCUUAUUGGAACUACCAUUUUGAGUAAAUUGCUGAAACUUUCCGAUGCCUUGGUGGGUAUUGUAGCCACCCUAUUUACAGCCUUAUCGAGAGUGCUUUUUGGAUUUGCCAGUAACACUGCCACAUUUUAUGCUGGUGCUGUAGCUGAUGCUUUUGGCGCCUUGCCUCCUAUUGCCAUUAAGACAAUGGGUUCAAGUAUUGUGGAUGCCAAUGACCUGAGUAAAAUGUUCUCACUAUUAAGAAUCUGUAUUCCAUUGGUCAAUAUGACUUUCAUACCCAUCUAUAGUAAUAUGUAUGAAAAAACUGUAAACUCAUUCCCCGGGACAAUUUUCCUCUUCAGCGUAGUGUUUGCGAUAUCCAGCGUCAUUGUCUUUAUUAUUUGCUAUGUUGUUGUAAGACGUCGUAAAUCCCAGAUGCCAGAAGCCGAUACAGCUGGCAAAGUGGAAAAUGACCAUAAAAAUUGUACUAAUGCUGCCAUACAAAACGGAGGUUCCGAAAUGACCUGUCUGUAG